AUGGGGUGCUUCGCCUUCAAGAGCGGCCGCAAGAGCAGCGGCGGGUCCAAAGCUCAGCAGCACCCGCGGCCCGGCGCCCAGACGCCACCGGCCAAGUCGGCCCCGGCGGCGUCCUCCUCCUCCUCUUCCUCCUCCUCCGGCGGCGUGCACAGCAAGACCAAGGCGUCGGCGGCGUCCUCCUCCUCCUCUUCCUCCUCCUCCGGCGGCGUGCACAGCAAGACCAAGGCGUCGGCGGCGUCCACGCCCACGCGGACCAUCCAGGAGCUGUCGGAGGAGAGGGGCGCGCAGCGGCUCCGGGUGUUCGACCUCGACGAGCUCGGCAGCGCCACCAACGGCUUCAGCCGCGCGCUCAAGCUCGGCGAGGGCGGCUUCGGCUCCGUCUACCGCGCCUUCUUCCGCUCCGCCGCCGGCGCCCGCGUCGUGCUCGCCGUCAAGCGCCUCAACCAGCGCAGCCUCCAGGGGCACAAGCAGUGGCUGGCUGAAGUCCAAUUCCUAGGUGUUCUUGAACACCCGAAUCUCGUAAAGCUGAUCGGCUACUGCACGGUGGAUUCAGAAGCAAGCAAGCACAGGUUGCUGGUCUACGAGUUCAUGCCCAACAAGUGCUUGGACGACCACCUGUUCAACCGAGCCCAUCCUCCCCUUUCAUGGAGACUGAGGCUGCAGAUCAUGAUCGGUGCCGCACGGGGUCUGGAUUACCUCCAUGAAGGAGUACCAGAAGUUCAGGUGAUCUACAGGGAUUUCAAAGCGUCCAACAUCCUUCUGGACGCCGAAUUCAGGCCAAAACUGUCGGAUUUUGGCCUGGCAAGAGAGGGUCCAACCGAAGGGAAAACACACGUCUCCACCGCGGUGGUGGGGACGCACGGGUACGCGGCGCCGGACUACAUCGAGACGGGGCACCUGACGGCGAAGAGCGACGUGUGGAGCUUCGGCGUGGUGCUGUACGAGAUCCUGACAGGGCGGCGGUCGCUGGAGCGCAGCCGCCCCGCGGAGGAGCAGAAGCUGCUGGGGUGGGUGCAGCAGCACCCGCCGGACAGCGCCGGGUUCCGGGCCAUCAUGGACCUGCGGCUGGGCGGGCGGUACCCGCUGGCCGCCGCGCGCGAGGUGGCCAGGCUCGCCGACCGCUGCCUCGGCAAGAACCCCAAGGAGCGGCCGGCGAUGAGGGACGUCGUCGAGGAGCUCGAGCGGGUGCUGCAGAUGGAGCCGCCACCGCUGCCGGCCGCCGACAAAAAGAAAGGAGGCGACGGCAGACUGCCGGCGAAGAGGUGA